CCCCCAGGGUCAGGAGGUAGGGGUCCCACACACACAGAGAUGAAAACAUACACAGCGGUAUGGCUGAAGCACACCUGUAGCAAAUGAACUUCAUUCCAGUUCUCUCUAAGGCAGCUAAAUUCUCUACCCGUGGCGCCAUUCCUGUUCAUCCAUUCCAUUGCUUAAAAAAUGUGUAUUUUAGUGAUUUUUCUCCGGCCUUCUCACACUCCCUGGGGCUUCACCGGGACUCCCCUGCUUUUGAUCCUGGAUAAGUAUUUUAAUGAUGUGGUAAUAAAUAGAGUCUGCCCAGAACUUUGGCACUAAGUUCUGCUUUCCUGGUUUCAACAUGGGGAUCUAAGCAGUUAGCAGCUUGGAUUUGGGGUGUGGGAUGAGGGGAGAGUCAUGAAAAAAUAUUUAAAUAUGUUGAAGCUGCCUUUCAGGCACAGGAAUACAAGGCACUCUUGACCAUUGUGGCUGUGUCCUUGGCUUUGAGGUUGUCCAUUCGGCCUCCCUUCCCUGCACAGGGGUUGGGAAAGAAAACACAGCGUAGCCACUGAAAUAGAUUUGUUCUUGCUCUUAACCAGAGGAAGGGAAUGGUGGUGACCAGGUGGCGGGCCAGUGAGGCCUCUGUCCCCUGGCACACCCAGAGCUUCACCAGCAGAAGAGAGAACUUUGGGUCUGAGGAGAGGGAUUUGGAGGCCCAGGACUGUCAGAGCUCUGGUAGGCCCUGACACUUUGAUGGCAGACUGUCUCCAUGGUUCUUUCGAGGCUGUUCCUGGUGCUAUGCUAUCGGCAAGGAUGAUUUUAGGGCCAUCCAGAUGCCCCACUUACCCCCCAGCUCGGAGUCUGCUUUACCAGCUCUGAGACCAGUGGCUGUCUUUCCUUGUUUGCACAAGAACGUAUGGCAUGAUAGUUCUGGUAAUAGUAAUGGCGAAGAGUCUCCGUGGAAGCAGAAGGCUGGAAAGGUCUUCCUCUGAUGGCUGCUCUUUGACCCCACUAACUUUGUGAGCCCUCACAUUGCACAGCAUGGGGAUCCUGACUUGUGUCACCUGCCCUGCUCACCACCUUUGCCACUCAGCGAUCCUGCCGGAUGUGCCUGUCCUUUUGUAGGGCUGUGAGGCAAUGCUCUGGCCAUCCGUGUCCGAGAGAUGAGGCAGUGCCAUUGUCCCUGCAAGCUCACGGGGAGGGGUCUUCUUGCCAUUGGCAGGGAAGGCCUCUGCCUCCUACUCCAGGGCUCCUCUGACCACUAUCCUAGAACCUUCUCCCACUCCACCUCCAAGGCACUGACCUCAAACUGCAGUCUUUUCCCCCUACUUUCCGCAAUAACAUCACCUGCUAUUGGGCUAUUGAAGGCAUUCAUACUUGGAGAUAAGGCGCUAGCCUAUAGAGAUUCCUUAUCUCAGCCCCGUUUCUUUUGUGAAGCCCUGGGAAGGCAAAGGAGCUGAUAUCCUUUCUUAUUCUCUCCACAUCCUUCUCAUCCCACCCUCUGGAGCCUUAGCCAGGUGUCCUCCAGGGCAGGGGAGCAUGUGAGCAGUCCUGGGGCUAGAAGCCGGUUCUCCCACAUUCCAGGGUAGCCUCAUGGCUGCAACCUGUGAGAUUAGCAACGUCUUCAGCAACUACUUCAGUACUAUGUACAGCCCGGAGGAACCCGCCCUGGCUUCUGUUCCCGCUGCAGCCACCUUUGGGGCUGAGGACCUGGUGCUGACCCUCAGCAACCCCCAGAUGCCACUGGAGGGCCCAGAGAAGGCCAGCUGGUCGGGGAAGCAGCCCCAGUUCUGGUCAAAGGCCCAGGUUCUGGACUGGAUCAGCUACCAAGUGGAGAAGAACAAAUACGACGCCAGUUCCAUUGACUUCUCACGGUGCGACAUGGACGGGGCCACGCUCUGCAACUGUGCCCCCGAGGAGCUGCGUCUGGUCUUUGGGCCUCUGGGGGACCAACUCUACUCCCAGCUGUGGGACCUCACUUCCAGCUUUCCCGAUGAACUCAGCUGGAUCAUUGAGUUGCUGGAGAAGGACAGCAUGGCCUUCCAGGAGACGCUGGGCCCCUUCGACCAGGGAAGCCCCUUCAGCCAAGAGGUGCUUGAGGAGGGCCGGCAGGCCAGCCCCUACUUCCCCGGCAGCUACGGCACCGGGGCCCCCUCCCCCGGCAGCUCCGAUGUCUCCACUGCAGGGACUGGUACUUCCCAGAGCCCCCACUCCUCAGACUCCGGUGGAAGUGAUGUGGAUCUGGAUCUCACCGACAGCAAACUCUUCUCCAGGGACGGCUUUCCUGACUAUAAGAAGGGGGAUCCUAAGCACGGGAAGCGGAAACGGGGUCGGCCCCGAAAGCUGAGCAAAGAGUCUCGGGAGUGUCUGGAGGGCAAGAGGAGCAAGCACGCCCCCAGAGGCACCCACCUGUGGGAGUUUAUCCGGGACAUCCUCCUCCACCCGGAACUCAAUGAAGGUCUCAUGAAGUGGGAGAACCGGCAAGAGGGUGUCUUCAAGUUCCUGCGAUCAGAGGCCGUGGCCCAGCUUUGGGGCCAGAAGAAGAGGAACAACAGCAUGACUUACGAGAAGCUGAGCAGAGCCAUGAGGUACUACUACAAACGGGAAAUCCUAGAGCGGGUGGAUGGCCGGCGGCUGGUCUACAAGUUUGGCAAAAACUCUAGUGGCUGGAAGGAGGAAGAAGUUGCCGGGAGUCGGAACUGAGGGUCGGCACGAGACCCGGGACCAAACGCAAGGACUUGAGGCCUGCGGCCCCUCCCGGGAAGACCAGCAGGUCCCAGCAUCUGGGCAACGCUCCGGCUGUGCUGCGGAGAGAAGCUGUGAGGCUCUGGUAUCCUGUCAGCCACCGUCCUCGGAUCCGGGGCUUGUGGCCUCUCCUCUCUGCCCUCUUCUUGGAAUUACAAGCCCUGGGGUUUGAGGUGACUCGUCUUGCUGACUUGUCCGCAAGUGUAGCUUCUUUUACCUGGUGCCUCCUCAGACCCAACCCAGACACCGGCUACAGACAGCACCUUCCUCCUCCAGAUGCCCGGACUGAGCCGAGGAGGCCGAGGGAAGCACCAGGAGUGCUGUGAGAGGGGACAGGACGGGGUCCUCCUGAACCUGCUUUCUGGACUGCCUUCCACCUCCGUGCUUGGACUCUGCAGGCAGGGGUCAGAGCACUCCCUAAUUUAUGUGCUAUAAAUACGUCAGAUGUACAUAGAGAUCUAUUUUUUCUAAGACAUUCCCCUCCCCGCUCCUCUCCCACCACGUGUUAGUGGCCAGACUGACUGACUGUUUCGGCCCUUGGCCGGGCCGAUGAGGGGCAGGGAGAUGCCGGGCCCCUGAGGAUGGGGCUCCUGGCUCCUUUUUCCUGUGAAUGGAGGUAGAGACCUCCAAUAAAGUGUCUUCUGGGCUUUUUCUAA